UUUUUUAGCCGAACAACAUUGCAUUAUUCUUAUCAUUCGUCGUCGUCAAUCGUCAGCUGAAAAUAAUUUUGUGGAUGCGUAUUUUGUGUUUAUUUAUAAAUCAGUCAAGGAACGCUAAACAAAAUGGCAACGGGAGUAAAACCUCGUGAUGAUGAAACUCGACUUACCAGAGAAGAUUUAGAGACCAUACAAGACGCUAUGAAGACUAAGAAAUUUCGAGAUCUUUUAGCGGAGUACUGCGAAGAAAUACGUGACCCGGCUAACCAAGAACUUUAUCAAAAAGAAAUGACCCAACUUGAGAAGGAACGAGGCUACGAUGUAAAGUUCCUCAAUCCGAAGGGAGGUUAUGUUAUCAAAACAAGUGUCGCCGGCGAUAGGAAAGCCUUCAUUAAUAUUUGUAGCAAUGAUAACGUCGGCAAACCGACAUACAAGGUGGAAGUAGUUGAUGGCAAGAGAGGCAUGAACUGGCAAAUACCAUACUCAAUAAUACCACCGCGUGAGGAUUACGACCAAAACAAACAACGUUGCAUCAUUUACGACGUAAUUUUCCAUCCGGACACUCUCCGCAUGGCUGAGGUUAACAAACAGUUCCGGGACUUGGUCAACAAAACCGCCUUUGAUGCGUUGGUAAAAACUUAUAACAUUCACCUUGACAGUAACAACUGCCGGUUUCCCAAAUCGCAAUACAAAGGCAUGAGUACUGCUGCUGUGAUCAGGAAAGAAGACCCCAACUAUCAACCUCCAGGAGAGGAAGAAAUGGCAAGCCUUACACCCGAAAUGAUUGAAAAACUUUAUCCUCAAAGGAAUUAUUCACAAAACGAAACUGAGCCUGAGCCCCCAAAAGAAACAUCAAAACCAGUUGUUAGGAAAGCAAGGAAAAAUACAGAGUUUGCUCAUUCAUCUAAAAAUGGUUAUACGAUUCCAAAGUAUGUCAUCAAGCAACAGAAAAAUGUAGAUCUUCAAGACUUCACCUUUGAGAAGGAUUGUAAACAGUACAGUGCUAUUCCUAGCCAGAUAGUUGUGGAAGUGUACCUCCCACUCCUGUCGUCUACUAAAGACUGUACCUUGGAUGUUCAAGAGAAACAUUUACACUUGGCAUCAGAAAAACCUGCUAAAUAUAAACUUGAUAUCACACUGCCUUAUUCCGUUAAUGAUGAAUGUGGGACUGCCAAGUUUGAUAAAACCAAACACAUGUUAAUAGUGACUUUACCAGUGAUAAAAAAGAACUUUACCAGUAAUAAUGAAAACUCUCUCAAAGUAGACAGUGGUGUUGAAAGUGAAGAAAAUUCAGGUUCUCAAAGUGAUGAAGAUAAUUACAAUUCUAACUCCAACUUAAUUGUAGAGUUGUCAUCAUCGUCUGCUGAAACUGUGGUACCCUCUGAGCCCUGUAACACUAGUACCAGUAACUCUGAAGCAUUUUUAGAUUCCUCAUUUGGUUACAUACUGCCUCCCUACACACACAAUGUAUUGGAUGACAUUGUAGCUUUAACAUUCCAUGUUAAAAACACUGAGCCGGACUCUGUGAAGGUAAAAAAUAAUGGUAAUGAGAUUAUCAUCAAGUUCACCUCUGUUGGUGCUGGCUUUGUACCUGUGCACUAUGCAGCUAUCAUCACAUUUGAUGAGGAUGUUAAGUUUGAUAAUGUAACAGGAGAGGCAUGGGACAACAAUGUCAUAUUACAGUUGGAACUAGCUGGGGCUGUUCCCCACAAAUUCCAUAUUGGCCUAAAUAAGGAUUCCAUGACCUGUGAGAGCUUUGAUGCUACUCAGGUUAAAAAGACAAAGAUAGAAGAAAAGCCUGAAGUUUCUGAAGCUGAGUCAGUUACCCCAGUUGUUGAGGUAACCAAUUGCGGAACUGAGACAAACAUAGUUGUGUCAUCCAGUCACAUAGAGUAUGAUGAAGAUGAUGACUUUGAGUCUCCAACAUCAAUGGAUAAAGAUAUUGUGUUCACGGAGUCCGGCAGCUGUGAGAAUGGUGCCAAAAGCAUACUGCGUAAGCCAAACAUGAUGCGCAGCUAUUCAGAGUCCAGUGCAGGUGACAUUGCCUCUUCUAUGGACUACAUCAGCUCUGAUUGUAUUCCAGAGGAGUCAAGCUUAAAAAAGACUGUUAGGUUUAGUGAUGUCAUUGCAAGACAAUUUUACAGGUACAACUCAUCUAUUGAGGGGCAGAAAAAGAAGAAUCAACGUAAAAAAAGUAAAAAGCGUAGUCAAGACCGGCGGAAGAGCGAGAGUGAAGCUGAAGAUGACAUUACUAACACCUCUCAGAGCUUGAAGCCGAGGUUGAAGUCAGUCUUGAAGCCUCGCCGUGACAGCGGUCUGGCCGACACGUCUGAUGCAGAAUCUGAAUGCAAGAACACUCCCGAUGAAGGCAUCUUUAACCCAACCAACGAUGAUGGCUACAGUGAAAACAAUAACGAGGGUGAAGGAUCCUACGAAAAUGAUUCCGUGUUCAACAUUGUUGGCAAUGGAGAAAACGAACGUAAGUCCGAAGCCGACAUAUGGGAGUCGGAGCCAUCGAAGCCAGCACAAACUAAGCGGGAACCCGUCACCUGCGAUACAAUUCAACACAACACUCAACUCUACGAUCCUGACAAAUUAAACAAAGGCAAAUAUUUAGAAGUUAUGUUCAAAAAUGAUCUCAUAUUUGAUCUAGACAUGUGAGAUUGGCCAUCUCCAGUGAGCUCCUUUAUAAAAGGGCGUGUUUGGAAUGUUUUAAUCCUUACCCUUAGAAAUGUAAUUUAUUAGAGAUCCAGUGAUUUUGUUUGUCUAGAAUUACUUAGCUAGUUUAGUAGUAUUACAUAUUCCUUUAUGAUUUAGAAUACUAUUGAUGUUCCUUCCAUUAUGUAUUUUCAAAUUGGCUAAGUUUAUGACAAUGGUUUGUUUUGUAUUAACAAGUUUAUUCUGAUGUGUUCACACUUUGUCAAUUGAGAUAAUUAUGUUGGAUAGUUUAAAAUUAUAAUUGGUAUACAUUUUAAAAAUUAAUCAGAAAUUAGAAAAUUUAGAAAGUGUUAGAAGAUGUAUGUAGUGAUAUUUUAAAACACAGACAUGUUUGAUAAUAUACUGCUCACGUUAGACAAUAUGAUAAGUAGUCAAUCUGCAUUUCAUGGUACAAAUUAGAUUUACGUCACUAUCGGUUAAGAGAUAGGAAUUGAUUUUAUAACGAGAAUUAAGCCUACCUCUAGCCUAAGCUAGAUAUAAACACUAUUGCACAGCGAAGAUAAUGGUAGAUUGCUAGAUUUACACAAUGCAAAUACCUUUGAACACACGUUAUUCGUGAUUUUAAUUAUGGAAUAAGUGUCCACGGACAUCAUACUCUUUGUUUAGUCUUCACAAUUCAUAACAGAGUUAUAUUUGACGCUUCACACAACUCAGUGCCUUUUGUCUGUACCUAUUGUAAGCAAAAUCACCAGUGAAACGUAUAGGUCGACUGUUGUCAUAAACCAUGCAUUUUGUUUUAUUGAAUAAGAUCCUGGUAUGUAUUGUACAAGCAAUUAUGCAAGUUAUGUUUGAUGUAAACUUUACAAGUUAUUUAACGAUGAAUGAAUUGUGAUUUGAGACUUUAGUUUAAUACAUGAAUUGAUUCAAAA